GGAGGGGAGGAGGAGGUGACUCCAGCAUUUAGACACAAGCAAAAGGAUCAUGGCGGAUGUCCCCAGGUGUAAGCGUAGAAAGCAGGCAAACCCGAGACGGAAUAAUGUUACAACUUACAAUAAUGUGGUAGAAGCAAAUUCUGAUUCAGAUGAUGAAGACAAACUGCAUAUUGUGGAAGAUGAAUGUGUAACAGAUACCGGAGACUGUGAUGCCAAUUUAACAGAAGAAGACCAUACAGUAUUAAGAGAUGAUAGUGAAACAGAAGGAAAUGCUGAUGGAUGCUGGGGUGAUUCCGUAAAAGAUGACAUAUGUGACUCUGAUGCUGAAAACGAACAAAACCAUGAUCCAUCAGUUGACGAAUUCUUGCAACAAGAGGAUACCGCUGUCAUUUAUCCUGAAGCACCAGAGGAAGACCAACGGCAGGGAACGCCUGAAGCCAGUGGCCAAGAUGAAAAUGGGACACCAGAUGCAUUCUCACAACUUCUCACGUGCCCGUAUUGUGAUAGAGGAUAUAAACGCUUUACCUCCUUGAAAGAACACAUUAAGUACCGUCAUGAAAAGAAUGAAGACAACUUCAGUUGUUCUCUCUGUAGUUAUACAUUUGCUUAUAGAACGCAACUUGAACGCCACAUGACAUCGCAUAAAUCUGGGCGGGAUCAGAGGCAUGUGACACAGUCUGGUGGCAACCGUAAGUUUAAGUGCACUGAAUGUGGAAAGGCUUUCAAAUACAAGCACCACCUCAAAGAGCACCUUCGCAUUCACAGUGGAGAGAAGCCAUAUGAGUGCCCAAACUGCAAGAAGCGGUUUUCCCAUUCUGGUUCGUACAGUUCACAUAUAAGCAGUAAGAAAUGCAUUGGUCUAAUGCCUGUAAGUAAUCGAGCACGUCCAGGUAUCAAGACAUCACAGUGUUCAUCACCAUCACUUUCUGCAUCACCUAGUAGUCCUCCAAGAACACAAAUUCGACAGAGGAUUGAAAACAAGCCUUUGCAAGAACAACCCCCUAUUAACCAAAUCAAAACUGAACCUGUGGAUUAUGAGUAUAAACCUAUAGUAUUGACUUCAGGAAUCAACUGUGCAACUCCAUUACAAAGCAGGGUUUUAAGCAGUGGUAGCCCAGCACAGGCAACCAGUUCUCCUCAGGGUGUGGUGCAAGCAGUUGUUCUUCCAACAGUAGGUUUGGUGUCCCCCAUAAGCAUCAAUUUAAGUGACAUUCAAAAUGUUCUUAAAGUUGCAGUAGAUGGUAAUAUAAUACGACAGGUACUGGAGAACAGUCAUGCUACCCGUGCAUCCAAAGAACAACCAAACAUUAACUCCGCAUCACUGCAACAAAGCAGCCAUUCCCUCAUUUCUGCUAUCAGUCUUCCUUUGGUUGACCAAGAUGGUACAACCAAAAUUAUCAUCAACUACAGUUUAGAGCAGCCUGCACAUCUUCAAGUUAUGCCCCAAAACUUGAAAAAGGAAAGUCCUAGCCUUGUAGAUAAUUGUAAAAGUGAAAAAUUGCCAGAAGACCUUGUAGUCAAAUCUGAGAAAGACAAGAGUCCAGCAGAACAGGGCAGUGAUUCUUCUUGUCGUCUUUGUGAUGACUGCCCAAAUGGUGUAAAUGCACUUCAGGAAUUUAAGCACUGUUUAAAACAUGACAAUUCUGUUCAUCCUACCCAAAUGAAUGGAACAUGUGGUGAGAAAUGUGAUACCUCUGACUCCUCCCCGGUGGCAAAUGGCAACUUAACCCCAGGACAAGCACCCUUAAAAAAUCUUUUGUCUCUUCUGAAGGCAUAUUAUGCAUUGAAUGCACAACCAAGUACAGAGGAGCUUUCUAAAAUUGCAGACUCAGUAAAUUUACCAGUUGAAGUGGUAAAGAAAUGGUUUGAGAAGAUGCAAGCUGGGCAGAUUCCUGUCCAGUCUUCUAGGCCAUCUUCUCCUGUACAGAAUGCAGCCAACAGCUUGUCAGGUGAAGAUGUUGGCUCAUCAUCUGUGGAUGAAUUGUUGGACAGUACUGUUUCACAGAGCUCUUCUGUAGCUGCUAAAUCUCAGAUUACUCCAUUAAAUCAAGUGCUGCUGAAUGGCUCCAGAAGUAGCACACCCUCACCCUCACCACUAAAUUUGUCUUCAUCAAGAAACUCACAAAAUAAUUUAUGUGCACUUGAAGGGGUGAAAGAGGAACCACAGGCUGAACCCCUUGAUCUGUCGUUACCAAAGCAACACAGAGAAUCAUCGGAGAGACCCCCUAUAACCAGUGUUUACCAGAACAGUGUUUACUCAGUUCAGGAAGAACCUUUGAACUUAUCUUGUAUAAAGAAAGAACAGCCAUCCAAGGACAGUAUUACUGUGGAUCAAAUUGCUGUUGUAAAUACAACCCCAAGUGCCAAUCCUAUAAACAUUGCUAUACCUACAGUCACUGCACAGAUACCUACCUUUGUUGCAAUUGCUAACCAGAACAGUGUUCCUUGCCUGAGAGCCUUGGCUGCCAAUAAUCAAACCAUUCUUAUUCCACAGGUGACUUACUAUAGUACUGCAACCAGCCCUGCAGGUCUAGAACCUCAGCAGAAACAUGCCAGUGGAAAUCAGGAUGAAAGACAAGACACUAGCUCAGAUGGAGUUUCAAACAUAGAAGAUCCAAAUGACUCUGACUCUACACCACCCAAAAAAAAGAUGAGGAAAACAGAGAAUGGAAUGUAUGCUUGUGACUUGUGCGAUAAAAUAUUUCAAAAGAGCAGCUCCCUUCUCCGACACAAGUAUGAGCAUACAGGUAAAAGGCCUCACGAGUGUGGAAUUUGUCAGAAGGCUUUUAAACACAAGCAUCAUUUGAUUGAACAUAUGCGUCUGCACUCGGGAGAAAAGCCGUAUCAGUGCGACAAAUGUGGAAAACGUUUUUCACACUCAGGCUCUUACUCCCAGCAUAUGAACCAUCGUUACUCCUACUGUAAAAGAGAAGCAGAAGAACGUGAUGGCUUGGAGCAAGAGGAAAUGGGACAUGAAGCAUUGACAGGUGAGCAUGGAGACAUCAGAGCCUCACCAUCUCAGAUCGACUCGGAUGACAGAGAAAGUAUAACAAGAGAAGAUGAUGAGAGUGAGAAAGAGGAUGAAGAGAAGGAAAGUGAAGAUGUUCAUGAAGCAGAGGAACAUAGAGUAAGUGAUGAAGAACUGGAUGAAGUAAGAGUGAAGGAGAAACAGACUCUGAAUGAGAUAAGUAUUGUGAAACAAGAAAGUGUGAAGAAUGACGGCCAGCUCACAGAAGAAAAAAAUGACAUUUAACUGUGCUUUUUUAUUAGGAAAAAUAAAUUAGUAAUUAAAUUCAUUCUGUAUUAUAUAAGGUUUCGUCUUGAAAACACAGUAGUUAAGUAUACUGUGCUUUCCAUUCACUACUGUGUAAAACAAGCAAAUCCGGGUGUGCCUGAACCUCAAACUUAGUAUUUUUCCAUGGGAAUUUUCAGAUUUACAAAACUAAGUUUGUAAAAUGAAGCAACUUGCAUAUAAUUGCAUACACUGACUUUUACAAGCUCAUUGAACAGGUUGCAGAAAACCUGUUGUAUUAAAAAGUAUUCUGCGCCAUUUAUUUUAUCAUUAAUUUUCAUUCAUAUUAAUUAACUUUUAAGCUGUACAGUUGGGAGAAAUUUCUAUAAAUUUUUUAUUACCAAUGAAACAUUUGCUAAAUCCACUUCAGUAUUUUAUUAUGUUUAAAAUGUGAGAAUGUCUGCACUACACAAUUCCCUUUUACAAAAAUGCAACACAUUUAACAGUGUUGUUUAUCUUUGUAAGUUACCAUGCUAAAGGGUAGCACUUAGAUGUCGUAUGUAGGAACAACAUGCACCAAUAGUAAAUUGAUAGCCUUAAAUUGAGUAAUGGAAGUACUGCAUUUGCUCUAAAUGUUUUAUAUUUUAAGUUCCAUUUGAAGGAUUAACAGUGUUAUAACUGAUAGGAACAAAGCAAGAAGAUCAGUGUUUAAUUUUUUAUGAGAAACAUGAAGAUUAUUUAACAUGAAGCUGUAUUGUCUACCCUUCCUGGCCUUAUGCAGGACCUAUGUACUGAAAGUGCCAUUUGACAAUAUUUUGAAAGGCUUUUACCAGCCUUUAUAAGCUGUGUGGCCUGUGGUAACUAACAUUUGUUGGUUUGUAUUGGAAUUAUCAACUAGAAAAAAUUCAGAGCUGUUGACCUAAUAGCAAACACACAAUUCAAACACUGAUGUAACUUAUUCUGUAAUUUGUACAAUUUCACCAGAUCAAGCCUGAGAACAUCUACAUCAAGUAUAUAUUAUUAAUUAGAGAGAAAAAAAGACUGUGGUUAUGUUGCUCUGUAACUUUUAUUUUGAUGAAUCUGUUUAAUGCAUAUAAUGUUUACAAAUGUUAGUUAUUUUGGACCCCAUUGAUUGACAGUGUUAACUAAUUUUACCAGACAGUAUUAUUUUUCUUUAUUUUGUUUGUGCAAGGUUUUGUACUGUAUGUUUUCAAUUCUGGCAGUAUUACUUCCCUUCUCACUGACAUAUUUACCUUUUUAGUUUUAGAAAGCUUUUAUAUUUAUGUGUCUUAUUUUUAUAUUUCCUUAUUUAUUACAUAGUGUAGUAUAUAAUACUGUAGUUUGUAUUAAUACAAUAAUAUAUUUUAGUAUGAAAAUUUUGGAAGGUUGACAAGACUUCAGAGUAGAGAUGCAAUUGGUUCUUUUGCAUUGAGGUUUGUUUUAACAGUGUUAUGUUAAUAUUUCUACUUGCCUUGGACUGAAGAAAUGAUUUAUCAAAACGAGAAUGUAUUACUUUUCCUGUUACAGUUGUUGUAUUUCUGUUACCCAGUUUUUAAUGUAAAGCUUCUGAAUUUUAAAAUUCACUGUGUGACAAAUGGCAUGGUAUCAUGCAGUUUUUGGAUAGUGAAACUGUCCGUUAAACUGUGUCAUUUCGUUAGAAAGCCAAAUCAGAACAAUAUUUUAAGCAGUGUUGGGAACAACAUGUGACAUUUUAUUUUGUGCCAAUUUGUUUCAGUAUUCAUGUAUGCCAUUUAGAACUUAAUCUUCCUUUAAAGCUCCUUGUUGCAUCAGUCAUUUUAUAGUUUUAUACCAGAUUCCCCACCUGUCAAUAAAACGCAACAGCAAACCAAA